AUGGCUUCGAACCAUCCAAUUCAUAUUCACCCAGCAAGGCCUCUUUAUCGCUUUACAGCGACCGCCCUUGGUGCUAGCAUGUGGUUCUUUUUAAUGUACCGCGCUAAAAAGGACGGGCCUGCGUUGUUGGGGUGGAAACAUCCUUGGGAGCACUAA